UAGUCUGAGCCGGUUGCCGGCAUAGUGCGCUCAGUAUAAGUUUGCCAUCACAUUGGGUGUUUAAGGUCGAUCAGUUGUUGGUUACAUUUAAAAGUUGACGCACGUUCUGAAUUUCGAAUUUGCUUCGAAGGCGUUGGUUCGUUUUUAUGUUGUUCAAUAUUCCACUCUAUACAAAUAUGAUUGAAUAAUAAGAUUAAUUAAAAUUUUUCAUUGCAAUUAAAUGGAAUUUAUUUGGUGAACAAAUAAACUGAGAGACAGUGGCACAAACAACCAGUUGAGGUGUAUUAAUGAUGAUGAGCAAGCGAAAACUAUAAACUAUUAAAGCCAACAACUAACACAACGCCUUCAUUUCAAAAUUAUAAACAAAAAAGAAACACAUAUUCCAAAACAAAACAAAAAAAGCUCUAUUGAAUCAUGAGACCACUGGACGUCGCUUACCGACUACUGCCGGGCAUCAAGUGGUUACAUGGCUAUACGGCGCAAGAUGCUAUAGCCGAUCUGAUUGCGGGCAUUACUGUGGGUCUAACGGUAUUGCCACAGGGUCUGGCCUAUGCAACAUUGGCCGGGCUGGAGCCACAAUAUGGCCUGUACUCUGCAUUUAUUGGUGGCAUUGUUUAUGCCUUUUUGGGCUCCUGCCGACAAGUUACUAUCGGACCAACAGCAUUGCUGGCGCUAAUGACCAGCCGGCAUACGAGCUUCGGUUUGAACUCAGGUCCAGCUUAUGCGAUAUUGCUUUGCUUGAUCUCGGGAAUUGUUGAGUUUCUAAUGGCUGUGCUGCGCUUAGGCGCACUUGUGGACCUAAUUUCACUGCCAGUUACCGUGGGUUUCACCUCAGCGACAGCGGUCAUAAUUGGCACCUCACAGUUGAAAGGCCUGCUGGGUAUUCGCGGCGGGGGUGGCGGUUCAGGCUUUUUGAAAACCAUGCAAUCGGUUUUUACCAAUUUGGACAAUAUUCGCUACGGCGAUUUUACAUUGGGCAUCAUUGCAAUCACCAUAUUGCUCCUGUUGCGGAAACUGAAAGAUGUAAAAAUACCCGGCCGUCGUGUACUGAGCGGCACGCUUUGGGUCAUUGCAACGGGUCGCAAUGCCUUAAUUGUGCUCAUCGCUAGUAUUUUAGCAUACAACACUUGUGAGACACGCGAAUCAUGUCCCUUUGUCUUGACGGGGAAAGUAAAGAGCGGUUUCCCAGAUGUUGAAGUGCCCAAAUUCCAUACCACAAUACAGCUACCAAAUGGCACUGCGAUCGAACAGGAUUAUGUCGAUAUGCUUAAAGAGCUUGGGCCCUCCAUGCUUAUAUUGCCCAUAAUCGCGGUGCUGGGAAAUGUUGCCAUAUCGAAGGCUUUCAGCAGUGCUGGCAUAAGUCCGACACGUGAAUUGAUUGCGCUUUCACUCUCCAAUGUUGUCGGUUCGUUUUUCUCUUCAAUGCCGGUUACUGGCUCUUUCUCACGCAGUGCUGUGAAUCAUGCGAGUGGUGUGCGUACACCCAUUGGUGGUUUCUACACCAGUGCUUUGGUGUUAUUGGCGCUCGGCUUGCUGGCACCCUACUUCCAAUACAUUCCAAAAGCGGCAUUGAGCGCAGUCAUCAUAUCGGCGGUGAUAUUCAUGAUCGAAUUUGAGGUCGUUAAACCACUGUGGCGCUGCAGUCGUCGUGAAUUGCUUCCCGGCGCCAUUACAUUCGUUGUCAGUUUGGCAAUUGGCGUGGAAAUAGGCUUGCUGUUGGGUGUGGGAGUAGAUGUGGCGUAUUUGGUGUAUCGCGCCGCAAGGCCAGCACUUAGCGUAUCCAAAUUAAGGACCACCAACGGCACUGAGUACAUUCUCAUGCGUCCCAUACACAGUUCGCUCUACUUCCCAGCUAUCGAGUGGGUGCGUACGGGUAUCUCAAAGGCUGUGGCGAUGCAUGGCAGUGCGCCGGUUGUGUUGGACUGUGCCAAUAUGCAUGAGCUCGAUUUUACGGUUGCGCGCGGCAUGGGCGCUUUGCAUAAAGAAUUGGCAAGCAAUUCUGUGCCACUCUUUCUAAUGAAAGCUUCGAAGGAGAUCAGCGUAAUACUGAAAGAGUCUACAAAUUGUGAAUUUCCAACUAUAGAGUCCCCAGAUGAUUUGGAAUAUAUAUUGGAUAACACGGCAUCGAUCGAUGAUCAUCGUUUGCAAGUUACCAUUCCACUAAUUUCCGCACGUACCAAAUUAAAUGGUGGCGAUUCAACAACAAUUGAUGGCGGUGGCGGUGGCGGUGGCGGAUGCCUGUAGAGUUGUUUAAUUUUGAUAGAAUAUGAAAAUUUUUGAAUUUUUUAGUCAAAGAAAUUCAACUAUAUAGUAUGUAUGUAUAUUUAAUUAAAUAUUUUGAGAACUCUCUCAAUGGGAGAAAGAAUUCUCUCUGCAACAAUUUUGGCUAAUGCUGUUAUAAGUAUUUUUUGCACGGAUAUUUCCAUUUGGAAAUGUAUGUGUAAACACAUAUUAUACACACAUCUUUACAUCUUUAUUAACUGAAUCUUGCGAAAAGAUGCUGUUUUGUAAUGUUUUAAUUUAAGUUUUGAAAAAGCCUUUAAAAGGCUAACUUUUAAUUCCAUGACGUUUUAAUUUGAGAUGAGUGCCAAUCGUACUCGAUUAGAAUAAAUGAAAAUUGUAUGUAAAUGAUAAUUAUUCAUAUCUCUCUUAGCUUUCGAGCUAUCGAAAUUAAAAUAAAAUGUAAACUGUGUUCAUGCCCGUAGUAUUUAAAAAAAAAAGCAAUUACAUUUCUGAGUUCAACGGCCUUUUCGUCCUUAAAUUUACAAUAUUUUUUGUAAAGCGUUUUUCAGUUAGAGCGCUUCAACUUGUUUUUUUAAUAAAACACAAGCGGUUUGACUUUAUUAA